GUACGUGUGCAGAAGAGUCACAGACACUGAGCACAUCAACAUGGUUUUGAAACGGAUUACAGACUAUCUUUUGUUUUGGACUUUAAUUCAUCUUUCAAAUACAGAUGCGGAGAAAGUUAUCAAAGCAGUGGAAGGAGCGACUGUCCAUCUGCCCUGCCAUUUACCUCCUAAAGACAGUCAACAAGUUACAGUAGACUGGAGCAUAAAUACAGCCAGUGGCUAUUCUAUGUGUACAUGGAACAUUAAUAUGUCCAACUCUCUUGUAUUUCCUUUAAAAAACUGCUUAUCUAAUUUAACAUUAACCAGUAAGCCUAUUAGAUUAGAGAUAAAAAAUGUUCAGCCUGGUGACUCUGGUAAAUACAGCUGUAAAACAACUAGAGUAAUUCCACCACCUGCACUGGACAAUAACUCAUCUCUGAAUCUCCAAGUAGCAGGUCUGUUCCUGAAGCGACUGAACAGCACUAAUGACAGCUGUGUUCAUCUGCUCUGCUCUCUGGACUCUGAGCUGGCCGACUUCACCUGGAGUCGAGGAGGUCAAAUGUUACCACAUGUGUCUACAUUAAAUUACAAUAAUAGUGAACUGCAUCUGUGCAAACCUGACUGGAGUGAAGGAGACACAAUCACCUGUCACGUCAGCUACUCAGGAACCCAAACGCAAAAAAGCAUCAAUUUCAAUAGUUCAAAAGAUCUCAACCCUUGCACUGGAGUUGGCGUAUGCACGCUUACAACCUCCUUUUCUUCAGUCCCUCUUGAUCUGGUGAUCUACACAGGCUGUGGUGCCACGGGUCUCAUCCUCUGCAUCAUUCUCCCUGUUGUUGUUUGCAAAUGCCGAAAGCGAAAUGAAAGUGGAUCUUUAGUGUUCAGCAACAAAGUUUACGAGAACUUCAGUUUCGCUAUGUCUCGUCAGAACAUACAAUCCAAUGAUAAACCACAAACAGAAGAAUGUAUCUAUGAGAACUAACAUCAGCUGCGUUCACAACCUUAGCUUGAAGCCGGAUGGGUUAAAAGGCUAUGUGAAGUAGGCUACAGUGUGUUAUGUGGUUUUGCUAAAAUGUGAAGCUCUGUAUUUUUAAAGAACUGUCUUUAUUGACUGAAAAAAAACUGUAAGCAAGCACUUUUAUCAGGAAUGUAACUGUGUUCUCAUUGUAUUUACUAUUUACAAUUGUGUGGUGGUUUAAAUAAUAAUUAUUGGACAGGCCUUCAUAUCUGUGGGUAUUAGAUGAAAUGCUGGGGCGUUAUUAAAAUCUCUCCCUGUACUUUUAGUGUAUUUUAUUUGUACUAGUUAUAUUGUAAUUUUAA